AUGCUCGAGAAUCCCACGGACGAGAACGUAGUACGAUGGGGCAAUGAGGGCGACAGCUUCGUUGUUCUAGAAAACGAGAAAUUUACAAAGCACAUACUACCUAAACACUUCAAACACAGCAACUUCGCAAGCUUUGUCCGGCAACUGAACAAAUACGACUUUCACAAGGUGCGACACAACAACGAGGAGAACGGACAGUCGCCGUAUGGCGCGGGUGCUUGGGAAUUCAAGCAUCCGGACUUCAAGGCCAAUAACAAGGACGCGCUGGACAACAUCCGACGGAAAGCUCCCGCACCGCGCAAAUCGAACACGGCGGCAGACGACAUCAUGAUACCCACGCAGCAGAUGGAUCUCGUCAACACGCAACUGGUCGCAACCCAACAGCAGCUCCAGCAACUGCAGGAGCGCUACAACGAGCUCAGUGUACACCACUCGAUGCUCCUGCAGGAGCUGAUCGGGGUACAAAAGACCGUAGUAAAUCACGAGCAUGUUAUGCAGAACGUCAUGAGCUUCCUACAUUCGAUUGAUGCACAGAGAAGACGGGAUAGCCGGGUGCUGAAUCCGUUCCCGCAAGCUGGCGCUCAGAAUGGUGCGCCGGACGGAGUCGCACAGCCGGCGGAAGACGACGUUCCCGCAUCGCCCCUACAACACGCAUCCAAAUUGCUCAGCGAGACGAACGCCGAUGUCAUGCUGAACCCUCGCAACCUGGAGCACAUGAACGAAGUCUCGUUGCGCAUGAAUGGUACUCUCACCACUCCACCGCCGGACUACGUUCGUAACGGACCAAGGCCAACAAGUCGUGGAACCGCACCACCAUCAGCAAGCUCACAAAGCUCUAUGCGACUGGGUGAUAUAGAUGGUCUAGUAUACCCUGUUGGCCAAACCAACGGCAUCGAUCCAAUGUUCAGCGAACACAUCCACAACAUUCCCUAUGCUAUGCCACCUAAACCCCCAGAGACCGCAGACCCUCAGAUGCCAUCUGCUGCAGCACGGAAGAAGAGCCACCAGAUCGACCCAGGCUGGAUAAGGCAACCACAGAUCCUUCUUGUAGAAGACGACCCAACCUGUCGAAGGAUUGGUGGGAAGUUCUUAUACGCCUUCCAUUGCUCUAUAGACAGCGCUCUUGACGGGCUCGAAGCAGUGAACAAAAUGAAUGCGGGGUCCAAAUACGAUCUUGUGCUUAUGGACAUUAUCAUGCCGAAUCUAGACGGCGUCUCGGCCUGCCAUCUCAUUCGACAAUUCGAUCAGACUACAGCGAUCAUCGCCAUGACGUCCAACAUACGGAGUGAUGAUAUCUCCAUGUACUUCCAGCAUGGUAUGAAUGAUGUCCUACCUAAGCCCUUCACCAAAGAAGGCCUACUUUCAAUGCUCGAGAAGCAUCUUGCGCACUUGAAGAGGCCUAUUCACACACUAGAGGCCAUGGUUGCGCCUCCAAUGCCAGCGCUCGCACAUACCUCUGCACGGCAGUCUCUCAAAGACGAAGACUCACCGGGUAAGUCACCGGCGACGGCCAGCAAUUGGAAUUCUCCGGCCCAAAUGUCUGGUGUUUCACCAGUUGCCCCCAGCGUGCCGGACGAGUACAUGAGCACGGUCGGUGCAGUUCAGGGUAACGCCGUAGCUUAUGCGGUAAACAACGCGCCAAUGCCUCCCGCUAUGGCAUACAACUCGUCGCCUCAGCUGCCGGUGCCCGGACGAGCACCACAAGGCGCGCAUCGACGACAGAUCUCGGAUAUAUCUGGUGGUGACGACAUGUCGAGUAGUGCGAAACGGCAGCAGAUGUAUGCGCCACCGGUACGGCCGCAGCCUAUGAAUCCCAUGCAACGGCCGAGGUGA